AUUAAAUGUAUCUGUUCACUCUGCAUUUGGAACGACCAGACGAAGCCAGAAAUGGGGAAUGUUGUGCCAGUCUAACGUGAAUCAGUUUACUUUACCAACGCUCUCUGUUGAAUAUUUCCGAUGUUGUACAUUAUGAAUAUGUAAAGCUCGUUGCAAGAAACGCGUGAAUAAUUUAGUGGCAAAUGUUGUUUAUACGUAUUUACUGUCUGGUACUGUUUUUCCACCACUGUGGUCCAACGAUAGCACGCUAACAAAAUUACCACUAGUGUGUCUGCUCGGUUGAAAUGAGAGGCGUCGUAGCAACUCAUCUAGUGAUAACUGGCUCAGUAAAUUAAAAUAUCAGGCUUGUUUGCUAACUGCACAAAUGGAGACUGCCUUCUUUAGACAAGGAAGCAACUGAAUUACUGUCUCAGCAAUGUAAGUUAAUGUCAAUGUCGGUUAAAGGAAAUAGUUCAGUCAACGCUAAGUGAUUGUCUAACCUGGCUAGUCACCUGUAACGACACAGUACACCGUAACGAGUGAACUAGUGAGCUGGCAAGCUUGCCAGCCACGCACUCCUGCCUGUGAUGUUUUCCGUCAAACCAUUGAAACCAACAUUUAAGUCAUACCUUCCGCCUUUACAGGCAGAUCUGACGAAAACCCCCCUGCAGUUAGAGGCAAAAUUACUUGCAGGGGAGAUUGUGGUGAAUGAGGCGAGCUUCGUCAGGAAGUGCAUCGGUACGGACAGUGGCCAGGACGAUCUGUGGGGGAAGCUGAUCUGCACCAACUUCAAGAUCUCGUUCAUCACCCAGGACACGCCGCCUUGCCAGAAAGGCCAGUAUGUAAACAGACUGCUUGGAGAGCAUGAUGUUCCGCUGGCUUGCGUGGACCAGGUGGUUACAGUUAACGACACUAAGGGGAAGCGGAAAGUUCUGGGGUCCAACCAGAAGCUGAAGUUCAGUCCCAGCGAGCUCAUUGUUUACUGCAAGGACUUCCGCAUCAUCAGGUUCCGCUUCGACGAAGCCGGGCCUGAGAGCGCCAAGAAGGUGUGUCUGGCCAUCGCCCAUUACUCCCAGCCAGCCGAUCCUCAGCUGCUGUUCGGGUUCGAGUACGUUGGGAAGAGGCACCAUGCUCCAGGUGACCAGGUCAACGGCACAGACCACGGCAGCAGCCUACAGACGCCCCUCUUUGACCGCUCCAGCGACUGGGACCGUGAGAUCAAGCGCACGGGAGCGUCCGAGUGGAGGGUGUGCUCUAUCAAUGAAGGCUACGCCGUCUCUCCCAGUCUCUCAGAGUACUUUGUGGUUCCGGCAUCCCUGGCUGACCAGGACCUGAAGCAGUACUCUGGCUUCUUCAUGGGACAGCGUCUCCCUUUCUGGUGCUGGAACCAUGUCAACGGAAGUGCCCUGGUCCGAAUGGCCAACAUCAGUGACCCGGCACAGCAGAGGAAGCUGGACCAGAGGAUCUGCAACGCCAUCACCAAGAGCCAUCCCAAACGUGGCGAUGUCCUGAAGUCUGACCUGGACAAGGCCCUGCCCAACAUCCAGGACAUCCAGGCAGCCUUCCUCCGGCUGCGUCAGAUCUGCGUAAUGGAGCCCUACGAGGAGUCUGAGGAGAAGUGGCUGGCGUCCGUGGAGAGCUCUCGGUGGCUGGAGUAUGUCAGGGCUUUCCUGAAGCAUUCGGCCGAGGUGGUGUACAUGCUGGAUGGGCAGCAGGCCUCCGUUAUUCUGAAAGAGGAGCAGGGCCGGGACCUGGCCUGCGUGGUCGCCUCCCUGGCGCAGCUGAUGCUGGACCCUCACUGCCGCGGCCUGACCGGGUUCCAGGGCCUGCUGCAGAAGGAGUGGGUGACGGCCGGCCAUCGCUUCCUGGACCGCUGCAACCACCUGAAGAAGAGCGCCAAAGAGGAGUGCCCGCUCUUCCUCCUCUUCCUGGACUGUGUGUGGCAGCUUCUGAGCCAGUACCCAGCAGCCUUUGAGUUCACAGAGACCUACCUGACUGUGCUGGGAGACAGCCUGUGGCUCCCGGUCUUCAGCACCUUCCUGUUCAACUGCCCCCGACAGCACACCCAGCACUGCAGGGACUUGGCCCGGAGUAAGAACCUCCCUUCGGGGGGCGACAUGGGGUUGUGCUUCCCCCCCGUGUGGGACUGGUCCCAGCAGUUCAGCCCCCGGGACCAGGCACUGUUCAACAGCCCCCUGUAUGUGGGCAAGGGUGCCCCCUGUGUGCAGAAUGGAGCGGUGAAGACCUUCAGGCGCACUAAAAAGAACUACAGCUCCACGCUGCGGGGAGUGCCCUCCCUGAAGAACGGCAUGCUGGGAGAGUUGCAGCCCCUCCCGCGCCGCGGCUCUCUGGCCCUGGGGGGGCAGAGGCCCGUCCCUCCCCAGCCGCGGGAGGCUCUGGAGAGCCCGUCUGAGCGCUUCUUCGGGGACUGGUUCUCCCGCCCGGCCGACCUGCAGGGCUUGCUCCUGCCCCAGCUGCUGCCCUCCCACCUGCGGCUCUGGCGGCUCUACUUCCUGCGCUGGGUGGCGGAGGCCCAGAUCCCGGGCGGCGGCCCCAUCACGGCCUUCCGGAAGGUGUCCCGGCUGGCAGACGAGAUUGAGGGGCUGAGGCUCCAGCUGAGGGGGAACAAGGGCGCCCCCGUCUCCGGCCUCCCCCAGCCCGAGCCCCGCAGGAUGUAUUUCAGAGCCGACUCUCCCAACGACCCCCCCUCGACCCCCCCGUACCUCUCCUCCUCCUUCCCCUUCUCCCCCGUGGGGAACCUGUGUCGCCGCAGUGUCUUGGACACCCCCCUGAGCAAGUUCCUCAGCGGAGCCAAGACCUGGCUCUCCACCGAAACACUGGCCAAUGAGACGCUCUGACCCCCCCUCCCACCCUCCUGAGGGGGCUUCCUUAACCCUUUCAGUCCCACGCCCAAUAUGAAGUGGCUCCACCCAAAUGCCAUGGGGUUGUGGCUUUGGCAGAGAAAAUUGAGAAAGUUGGGUUUUCAGAGGGACUCAAAACAAUGGUACAGCAGACAUUUUGAUUAGUUCAAAAGGUAUAAGGUUGGCACUCGUGGGGCUGAAAGGGUUAAAUCCCCGGUCACUGGCGAAGGACCGCAGUCGUCGCUGUAAAAGGAGGGUUAAGAGUUUUGGGCUGUUUUUGUGCAUAAUUCACUAAAUCGCUCAAGUCGCACAUUUUCCUGAGUAAGCUUGCUGUGUACCUGGUUUUCAGGGUGGGAGAUAUUGAGGUGUGAGAUGUAUUGCGUAUCGAGGUAUAGAAAGAGCUACUCGCUGGAAUUUCAGCAGGGUCGGACUGUGCAUAGAUACUGAGCUGAAGAGACUUGUGGAGAGAAAUGCUAACUGAUUUAAUGCUUUUAAAAUGUGGUGAUUUACACCGUUUCAGCCUUUUAAAGCAUUUUAUAGAGGUUUUUUGAGAUACCUUCUGUUAAGGUGCAGCAAUUGCCGUUUUGAAAAGUAUACUACCACAUCAUUCUAAAAAGCAUUUUGUUUUGGUGAGUUAGGGUAGGGCAAUUUAAUUUGAAUGCCUGUUGACUUAGGUAUUUGUUGACACGCUAAUACCUAGCUUAAUACCAAGGAAAUGACAGGGUUUGUGUACCUAACAUGGAUUGACUUUGAGGAAGAUAUUACUGUACAGGCUGUAACUAGAGUGGUCUGUCAGCAGAGCUACAAACAGUACUUUAUUUUACAUGCUUAUGCCUUAAAAUAUGGGUUAGAAGCGUGUGUCAUUGAAAAUACUGGCAUCCAUGUUACACCACUGAUGUGGUGUGCUUUUCCCCUUUUGUGGUGUAAGUGCUUUGAGACACUUUCAAAACAACGGAAGCCUUCUGUUUUGGAGAACUGUCUUUACACAACUGCUCACGUUUCUAUUUGACCAGUGAGUAGGGGAACUAGCUGUAGGUUUGUGUUCAGCCUCGUGGUUUUGUGGCGUGUUGUGAAGCCACAGGUACAUUGCCAGUGCUCUUGUGCAAUCUCACUGACUGCAUUUCUCCAUCAGUCAGAACUGUCACCAUGCCUUAGAUACAACCAAAUCUGAAUCGCUAAGCAUUCCUCUUUAUCCACACCAAAAUCGGAACAUUAAGCUCAUCUUUUCAACAAAUCAACUAUUGUUCACACGGUCUGUUGGGAUGAUUGUAUGUUUGAAAGUUUGAUCUUUGUUUUGUGAACAAAAUGUAGAUUUUUGUUUUGUCCCCCCCCCCCCCUUUGGCACCUUUGUAACCUUUGUAAUGGUUUUAAAUGGCAGCUGUUAAUGUACUGUCAUUUUUUAAAUGAGCUGCAUUUGUUUAACACUGAUUCUCUUUGUAGACACACUUUGCUGUUAAUGUAUGACAAUUAUGCUUUUUGUUUUCUCAUAAUUUGAUAAUGGAACUGAUAUUUAUUCAGUUAUGCAAAUACCUGGGACCCUGGAACCCCGUGUGCCUUUAAAGGGGAGUUUGAGCUCGAGCUGUACAAUUCAUUCAAAAUGCUGAGUCUCCUCUUUUGCUUGUCCAGUUACAUUUUCAACUGCCAUGUUCUGGAAUGUUCACUGACUGACAUACACUGGUUCAAACACCACUUGCCACCAAGAAGCCAUAUUCAAACUGUUACUUCGUCAGGUUCCCUUUUAUGCAAAUAAACAGAUCAAUAACGUU